AUGGAAUUAUUUGAAAAUGAUUUAUUACCAUUUACAAUACACAAUACAAUAUUGGCUUUAGGGUCUCCAAUAAUUUAUUCAAUUUUUUCAAUUUGUGUUUUCCUUAAAGGCCGUGAAUUAAUUAGCAGUGUUUCUAAAGAGGAGAAACUGGUUUUUAUUCAAGUAUUUAUUAUUUCAAUGCUAAAUACAUCAGCAGGUAUUGUUAUAUCUUACAAUAUGUACCAUCCAGAUCACGGGACUUUAACAGUAAUAAUUGCACAGUUCACUUUGUUACAUAUUCAUGGUAAUUUGAUUUUUACUAUAAUCAAGGGGAAUUUUCACUUUUUACAUAAGAGAUUGUUUUUGUUAUGA